AUCAAAUUACUGUUCACAUCGAGCAACGUAAGCUGUAAACAAGUUCGCGGGUGAAACGGAAUCGCUGAAAGGAUUCUAAACAGUGGAUCAGCAUAUAAACAGUUCAAGCAGUGUAUUAAAAAUCUUGUGUAAGACCUUCCUGCCAUUCGUGCACUACAGAUUUGGAAGAUUUGCGCAGAAGAAAGGCUGUCGUAGUUGCAGAAUGUCUGCAGAUAUGGAGAACGUCAGUGAGCCCGUCCAACUUCAAGAUGGCGAGAGUACUGACGUUGCAAUGAACGGAGAAGUUGAAGUAAUUCCUGAAUCUGAGACAGCUGAAGAUAGACCUGUUCGAAAAGCCAAACGACAGCUUUCUAGGCAAAGAUCUGGAAGUGAUAGCUCUAAUAAUAAUGCAGCUGUGAAAAAGGCUUUACCAAAUUCAAAAAAUAGUCGGAAGUCACGCGAUGGAAGGGGUAGGGGAUUGCCUAAAAAAGGUGGUGCUGGAGGGAAGGGUGUGUGGGGUAGGCCUGGAGAGGAGUUGGGUGAAGAUGGGAAUACAGUGGACUCUCAUGACCCCAACUAUGAUUCUGACAGUCAGGAUAGCAAUAUUCAGUUUGAGAAAAUAUGCCCCGAAAUGUCUCAAGAAGACUUCUGUAAGUUUAUAAAUCCUGUGGUAAUGGAGUUUUAUGAACAUGGUAAUACAAAGGACGUGUUGGAAGAGCUGAAUGAUAUAAAUUUUGAGCAUCUGAAACGAACCUUAGUUGAAUGCUUAAUAAGCAAGGCAUUGGACCACAAAGAUCAUCAUAGAGAACUCACUUCCGUCCUCAUAUCAGAUCUCUAUGGCAGAGUGCUUUCAUCAGAUGAUGUUGUUGAUGGCUUUGAUGAUGUUCUUGGCAAAUUAUCAGAUCUUACCAUUGACACACCUGAUGCAGCUACGGUGGUUGGAAAGUUUAUUGCAAGAGCUGUCGCUGAUGACUGCUUGCCACCAAAGUAUAUUAUGAAGUACAGAGGUGAAGAGACUGAAGAGGACUGUCCACAUACCAAGCUCGCUGUAGAUCAUGCAGAUGUGCUGUUAAAUCAGACCCAUGGAAUAGUUCGAUUGGACAACAUCUGGGGACAAGGUGGUGGUACUCGGCCUGUGAAACUGCUUAUUAGAAAGAUUGUCAUGCUGCUUAAAGAGUACUUAUCCUCAGGGGACAUAACAGAAGCUACCCACUGCCUUACAGAGCUAGACGUGCCCCAUUUCCACCAUGAAGUCAUCUAUGAAGCAAUUGUGAUGGUAUUAGAAGAAUCUAGUCAACGAGCAGCAGAGAUGAUGAGCAAAUUCCUAAAAUCCCUUGCAGAAGCAGUCAUCAUCACUCCACAGCAGAUUGGACAGGGCUUUGCAAGAGCCUAUGACAAUAUGCCAGACAUUUGCCUUGAUGUGCCAAAUGCAUACUCCCUGCUGGAACAGUUUUGCACCCUUUGCAACAAAGAGGGCUUCCUUUCUGAUGCUUUGAUGAAAGAUCUUCCUCAGAGAGGCCGAAAAAGAUUUGUGUCUGAGGGUGAUGGUGGAAGAAUCAAGUCAUCAUAGAGGUUUUCAUGGUUUAGAGCUCCCCAAUUGUGAUGAAACUGUAGUAGGCAUUUGGUUGUGGUGUCUCAUUCUGCAGCAAUUCUUGCACAAGGUUUUAUUCAGGAUGUAUGUGCUGUGAAGUACAGUAUUGCAAAACUAAGCUACAGUGUCAAAAUCUUAGUUAAAAAAAAAAGAAUUUUGGUUAGUUAAUUUCUUGACAAGAUGUUUCGUGUGCCUAAUGCAUCAUUGGCGACAAUAUGUUGGGAUUUUUUUUUUUCAUGAACUGGAUCUUGAAAUCAUUUGAUUAUAGCUCCCUUGGUUUCUUUUGGUUGUUUGUUUUUUUUAUUUAGUGAAAAAAAUCUUUUUUAUAGAUCAGAAAUUAAUGUAUCUUGUUUAAAAAGACGAUUUCUUUGUAAAUACUCUAAUGUAGAUGGGUUUAAGUUAGCUUUCAUGAUGACUAUAUCAUCAUGUAACAUUAUAAAAUUUAUGAUUAAAUGUAAUUGAUUUAUUGAUAAACAUGAAACACUUUCUUAAGCCAUCAAUGAUAAACUUUUAGAACUAAAUUACAAGGUCCAUUUUGACAAUAUUGGAACAGUGAAUGGCAAAGUCACAUCUGUUAAUUGCAUAUUUUCAAUGGAUUAAAUGUUUCGUUUUUGAUUUUUUGCUUUUGUACGGCUUGGUUUUGAUAUAUUUUGGUUAAAAUUCAGCAAUUUAUAAAGAUCAACUUAUGCAAAAAGUGCAGGUUUCUGAUAAACACCAUUUCCCUAUUAGUGUGCCUUUUUCAAGUCAUCUCUUGUUGCCAACUCUUUAGAAUUCUUGUAUUGCAGCAACACCCAAGUUUGUAAGUCUUUGACUGUUUUCCAUAACUCUCAUAAUUUUGAAUUUUAAAUGGUUUUCAGGAUCUGCAUGUAGAUAAAACACAGUCACAUUAAAAAAAAAAUGCAACACAUUGCCGCUUAUGUGUUUUUAACCACUUUUCCUCUUUUUGAACAUAAUUGCAAUUGACCUGGUAGUAGUCUAAGCAUGUUUGAAUGUUGGCACAAUGUGCCCACCAGUUCACCAAAAAGCAGUAUGCCCCUUACUUGUUAAUAGAUGUACAGGAACCGAAAGUAAACUAGAAAAUUCUAAAGUCCACGCUUACUAAUGAAAAGAUUUUUUCAUAUUAGUCUAAAUCAAGUAGUUUUCUGAUGAAUUGUCUUGAGUAGGAAUGUAUCAAUGUUUUACAGACAUAUUUUCAGCCCUAACUCAGUAACUUAAUGGUAUGCUUUGUAGGGUACAUGCAUAUGAAUUUUGUGUAAUGAAUUUAUUAGCCACUUUUGGUAGUGCAGAUUCCAGAUUUUGAAUAGUCUAAUUUUAUAUAGAAGGCAGGAAUACACUGUAAAAGGCUUAUCAAGAGACAGGGAAAGCUUAUGAGAGCAAUAUUUAUAUGUCAUCACAAUGGCAAACACACAAUGCAGGUGUUGAAAACCUGUCCAGCAUAUGAGAGGCUUCUUGAUCUGUGCUGGCAGAUUACAUGCAAGUAGAUGGAGUGGUUGAUCAGUUUCCUCACUAAAACAUUUAAUUUAACCAAGGCUGAGGGCUUAAAGAUUACUAUUUUCAUCAUAUUUUGAAUAUUUAAAUCAUUCUGGUUAAUGGUAAUGCGGUGGGAAAGGCUGUGGUGUAGUCAUAGAAAGGCUUUUUAGUUUUCAAUGCAAUCUGUGCAUUUCAAAUUGACAAAGGAAAGACACACUGUCAGUUUUACCAAAUCACUGUUCUUUUUAAGUGCUUAGUUUUGACUUGAAAUCAGAGAGGUUUAGAAAGUUGCACACAACAUGAGGAUCACUGGUUCAUGAGGGGAUAAUUUACACAGAAACAUUGCAUAGGCAGCUAUUGCAUUUGCUUGAUGCUGUUAACUUGAUGCAUUGUACAGUCAGCAUAUCCUUUAUCAAUUGUGUUUAAAAUGUUGCUUAAAAAAUGGUUGCAGUAUUAAUGUGAUGAUAAAAAUUAGGAUUUAAUUGGACAAAAUAAAUUUGCAUUCAAAGACUGCAUAUAAUUUUUUUGUCUCAUUAUCACAUUCCUCAGCAAGUGGUACUUUUUUAAAAACACUUCUAUAGUAAUUAUCUCCCCUGCAUUUCAGGUUUUUGAUUUAGUCUUCUCUCGUUUUAGAGCUAAGUAUUUCUUCCAUAUUCACUUUGUCUCCCCUAUCCCCACCCUACUCACCCUGUCAUUGGCUCAGAGAAUGCACGUGUGUUUGGGGUGGAUGAGAAAUGGUCCGUUUGUGUAUAUGAGACAGAGUGCUGAAUGAUAAAAAUGUCGUAAAGCAUUGCAUUGCAAAACAUAUAUUUGGUUAGCACAAAGUGUUUGAGCAUCUAAAUACAGUGAAAGUUAAGAUUUGUGCAGUUAACAUCUCUUCAUGUCUGUUGGUGUUUGUCCUACAGAGUUGGAAGAAAAGUUUGUCAAAGGUUGGAAUUUUUUUUCCUUUUUUGUGUGCCAUUUAGUAGUUUUCUUGUGUCUUGCAACAGCAUCUGUAUCUCCGAUGGUUUUAUUUUGCUGUCAAAAUCACAACAGCAUACUGCUGAGAUGCCAUACUGUUAUACCUGAAGAUUACUAUUCCUAAGCUUUGAAAAACAGAAAUGUGUACACGCUAAAGUUCAACCAACAAUUUUUGUGUGUUGUAAAAUAUUAGAAAUCCUGUAAAAUAUCCCUUCUGGAUGCAGUAAAGUCCUUAAAUGACUUACAGAUCUUGUGUUCUGAUGUGAGCUAAACAUGUCAUUCUUCACUAAGCAAACAUGAAAUAUAAUUGUAAGACAAGGCGAUCUGUUACACCCAGAGCAGCAUGUUGCAGCAUAAUAGCCCUGGCAUAUAGCAAGUAAUCAUUUGCUUUUCAUAUCUUAAGUGUAGCAUUACUUCUCGUGACAUGGUGAUCUAUUAGAAGGUUCUCUGUCUUGUGAUGCAUAUGCACUAAUUGCAAACUAAUGCACAAAAAUACAAUCAGUGUGCAGUUUCCUGCAGUUAAUUUUUUUUUAAAUUGAGUGUGCUUUUUUUCACAUUUGUUACCUGGCAAGUGGUCUUUGACAUGCAUUAAAUAAAAGCCUUUCUGAUCAAUGA